AUGGGUGAAAAAUACGAUGGGAGACGAGCAGAUGUGUGGUCCUGUGGUGUUAUUCUAUAUGCACUUCUCGUUGGAGCCCUGCCUUUUGAUGACGAUAAUUUGCGUCAAUUACUCGAAAAGGUGAAGCGUGGUGUAUUUCAUGUGCCACAUUUUGUGCCACCCGAUUGCCAACAACUUCUUCGUGGUAUGAUAGAAGUGAACCCAGAGAAGAGAAUGACUCUGGCAGAGAUAACUCGACAUCCUUGGGUGACAGCUGGGGGCCGUGGUGAAUUAGAGCAGGAGCUUCCUAUGAUGGAAGUUGUCCAGACCCGGGUCUUGCCCUCUGCUGAUGCGAUAGACCCAGACGUGUUGCAGGCCAUUUGCAGUCUGGGUUGUUUCAAACAAAGAGACAAAUUAAUACAGGAACUGCUUAGUCCACACCAUAAUACGGAAAAGGUCAUCUACUUUCUACUGCUGGAGAGGAAAAGACGCAGGCCUGCAAGAGACGACGAGCCUCGCCCGCCGGCACCCGCAACACCGGCCGACCCUCCCAGGAAGCGACUUGACACUUGUCGGGUAAAUGGACAAUCCGCUCAUUUUGGACAGAUCAGUGAGGGUUCACCCAUUACUCCGAGAAGAUCACAGAUCAGUAGAUCCUCCUCGGGACGGCGCGAAGGCCGCAGCUCACCGCAGCUGGCGGCCAGCCCACCCGCUGGCCACACACCGCACCGUGUCUCUUCACUAGGGGGCACACCUGCCACGCCCGGAUCUCCACUUGCGUCGCCGUCAAUGAGGGAACAUCACCACCAAAGAGCCAACUCCACCGGGCCAACUAUAAGCUUGAACAUAAGUGGAGAGCCCGGGGAAGCUGUGAUCAUAAUCAACGAGUCACCUCUAAUGGGCUCUUCGGUGGCUGUCAGGCCUCACAGCCCUUCGCAGACUCAUCGAGUGAGAGAAAGGUCGUCACUGCCUGGACCUACCAGCGCCGGUCAGUCGCCGGCCCAACCCUCGAUAUUCCCGAAUCUCGGCACAUUAACAGUGACCGUCAAUAUAGCUCGUCGAUCGAACCCCGUAAAUGCGUGCGCGUGUGCGUUUGCUCGUACGUGCUGGGUGCGCAUGUGUGCGUGUUGGGUGGCGCGGGGGCGGGGGCGGGGGCCGGUGCGGGUGCGGGGGCGGGAGGGGGGGGCGGCGGCGCCGUGGAGGGCGCGCCUCGCCACCAUCAAGAACUCCUUCCUCGGCUCGCCGCGCUUCCACCGGCGCAAGAUGCAGACUUCGUCAGAAGAGGUUCACCUCACUCCGGAGACAUCACCAGAACUGACCAAGCGUUCAUGGUUCGGUUCGUUGCUGUUGUCCGCUGACAAGGAGGAGACCUUCACCGCACUGGUCAAGGGGAAACCCCUGGCUACAGUCAAAGCCGAUCUCAUACACGCCUUCCUCAGUAUAGCAGAGCUGUCGCACAGCGUGUUAAGUCCGAUGUCCUUCAGGGUGGAAUAUAAGAGGGGUUCUAACGCGCCCGCCAUGUUCCAGAGGCAUGUUAGAUUUCAGGUUGACAUAUCCACGAUAACCAAAGCUCCCGGUGAAAAUGGAAAAGAGUAUUUGUACGCAAUCACUUUCACUUUACUAUCUGGCAACAUCCGGCGCUUCCGGCGCGUGUGCGAGGUGGUGCAGGCGGCGGUGUGCCGCGCGCCGGGCAAGGGCCGCUCCCCCGCCCCCGCGCUGCACCCCCCCUCGCCGCGCGCGCAGAGGCGCACCAUCCACCCGCACGCCGCCGGCGAGAUCCCGGACAGCCCGGACACGCCGCAGCAGCAGUCCGACCACGAUAGCGACUCCUCGGUCUUCGACACGGUGAAGAGCCCCAGCCGCUCCUCGAUAGACCAGCUGGACCAGAACGGCACACACCCGCUUGGCUCGAGCUCGUCCGUUACCAGCGGUUCCAGCGGCUACAAACAGAGUGUCCGCGGGCGGCGCGCCGCCGAGCCGGCCUCCGCCUCACUCGACCACGAGAUCAUGAGCUGCGGCCGCGACCUGCCAGCAGUAGUGACAAGGGCGAGUUUUGCAGGCACGCACACGAAGCGGUCGUCGUCGGAGUGCCGCGAGGCGGCGUGCUCGCCGCGGCGCGGGCUGCAGCCGCGCGACGAGCUGCGCCGCAACAACUCGCUGCGCGACUCGCCCGCGCUGCCCCACCCCAACGCGCCCCUCGCC